CCUCUCAGCAUUCAAGACCAGAGUGUGAGGGGAUCCAACUAUUGUAAGUUUCUCUGUGUGUUGUCUACAGAGAGGGAGAGAGGGUGACAGAGAGAGGGAGAGAGAGACAGAGAGCAGUGGCAGCCUUCCCUUCAACCCAAGCAAUUUUCUCCAGCUCAAAUUCAGAGGUGUACUUUGAACUUUAAACAUUUUUAUCCACAGCUGCCUUUCAGCUCAUCUCACUACAUUGACUCUACUGUCUUAUCCUCCCCCACCCCCCAUCCCCGUUGCUGCCCGAUUUACUUUUCCCGUGGAACCUAACAGGAUCAGAAGAGGUUUGCCGAGCGUUCAUCGAGUGGCGGAGCGGUCAGAGGCAGCCAGAGUCAUCAUGACCAUGUCCCAGGAGCGGAGUGCGUGUCUGGGGCUCUGGGUGCUCCUUUUGCUCGGUGCAGGCAUGGAGGAAGUCGUGGAGGGAUGUAGCUGCCACCCAGCACACCCACAGCAGCUAUUCUGCAGCGCUGAGAUCGUGAUCAGGGCAAAGAUCUCCGGAGAGAAGAUUGUGUCGCUUAGCAACAGCUCCUCACCUUACAUGAAGAUGAUCCAAUAUGAGAUCAAAAUGAUCAAGAUGUUCAAAGGUUUUGACAAGGCCAAGGACAUCCAGUACGUGUACACUCCCGUCUUCUCCUCACUGUGUGGAGUCAAGCUGGACUCCAACAAUAAAGCAGGGUACUUGCUCUCAGGAAGUAUGUGGAGCGAUGGGAGAAUUUCUAUUGGCCAAUGCGACCUAGUAGAGUCCUGGGACAACUUAUCACUGUCACAGAAGAAGAAUCUCAACUACAGAUACCAGAUGGGCUGUGAAUGCAGAAUCAACACCUGUUACACAGUCCCAUGUGCGUCUACAGGAGAAAACGAGUGCUUGUGGACUGACUGGUUGCUGGAUAACAGCCUAAAUGGGGAGCAGGCUCGGCAGUACGCCUGUAUCCGCCGUUCUGACACAACCUGUAGCUGGUACCGGGGGUGACCGCCACCUGAGAAAGACUUCCUGGACAUGGCUGACCCAUGACUUGUAACUAAUUUUACUCCAUUUCACUCCUGCAAAAUCCUGAGAAAAACUUCCUGCUUUGGCUUAUGUAGCUCAAAUGGCACGCAAAGUAGCAAUUGAUUUCAUUGAAAAAGUGGCUGAAUUUGACAGUUGAGGAAGUUUAACCCAACGCUGAGCUUCUGUUAGCAGAGUUCACUUGGUUGCUACAGCAAUGCUACAUCUUUUUAAACUGCAGGGGCUUUCAACAUUCCUCUGACUCAUUUUCUCACUCUCACACAUUCCACUUCACUUGCUGUUUUCCACUGAGAUAGAAUAGCAGCAGACCAUCCAAUGUAAAUUAUUCACCCCAGGGUGAAUUCUUUUCUUCAUUUCUGAUGACCGGAUGGUAAAUGCAAAACCUUGACAAAUACUGAAGACCUCAUAUUUGUUCAUGCAUAAGUCACAAAAGGUUAUGUAACCAUUUGGGUUAUGCAUUUACUGAAAGUAUAAGGAAGUUGGACAUUUACUGUAAAACAAUAUGAGGAAAAUAGUAGAAAAAAGCUGCCAACUUCUGCCACAGUGCUGCAAUGCAAAGUCUACUUUUCUCACUGUAAACAAAUCUGUGCUACUAAAUCUUUGCAGGCAGACUGCAGCGCUGCCACCUUUCCCCACACAUUCUGGUGUUGAAUUUAUAUUUUUAUAUGUGAUUUGCGCUUUGCUCUAGAUACUGUGUAUGUAUAUAUUUACAGUAUCUCUAGAGCAAAGCAACACCAAGCAUUCCCCAAUUAAUUACAUUUUGACAAAAUCUGACACAUGAAUUAUAUAUGACCAUAAUUCUUGUACAUCUAAAUCAUCACAGUUUAUACUCUCAAAUUGCUGAGAAUGUAAAUAUUGUACUUGAGUGAGAAUUAACAUUUUAAAGGCUAACCAGAUUGUGUUUUAUAGCAUAGAAGUUGUUAUCUUUUUACGUGUUUAGUUUCCUUGGUUGAACUCUGUAAUAUUUUCCGUGCCAAAAAAUCUAAUCCAGCGCUUUAACAACAGCACUGCCACCUGUAGAAGCCAAGCCACCUCUUCUUUGAGGAAAUGAUGUAACAGGACACGGUUCAAUUCACUGUUUUCAACACUUUAAAAACAGGAAGUGGCUUCUCCUCAAUUUUCAAGUUCAUGAAAAGAUAGCAAAAACUUUGGCACAAGACCAACAAAAUGAGUAAUAACUGAUAUUCAUGACAGAGGUAUUAUUAGCGAUUUAAUUGUUGUUUUAUAAGCAUUAUUUAAUAUAAUGACUCAACAUUUAUUAAAAGACCUCACAUCUGAAUUGACCCCUGUCUUGUUACUGGAUUACUUCACUGAAGUCAUACAGAUUAAAAUGCAUUGUCACCUGAGCCACUAUUCAAAGAUUAUAUUAGGGUCACAUUCAACAAUAAAAUGUUACAUGAAUAACUCAUAAAUAGUUAAAUUGAAACAUACUAUAUUAAAAUAUGUUAAUCAAAUAUAGACUUUCAUGAUAUGAUAUGAUAUGCAUAAUAAAUGUAUGGCUUUGGUGAAGCGUUAUCAAACAAUUUCAUGUUUGUUUUAUACUGAAAGAAUUGUUUGGGUUUGUAUUUAUGUCUCUGUUUCUGUCUAUAUAGAGUUUUCUAUUUCCAUGUACCAAAAAAUAUUGUAUAUAAAAUGUCUCAAUGGAAAAA